CGAUCUGGCGCGAGUUUACUUACUGGAUCUCUCUAGCAAGUACCGGUACCUCAGGAAAAGAGCACCGCAGUUACAGUCAGAUUCUCGCCGCUGCAAGAACAAACUCCCAGUUUGUCGCGCAUACCCGGUGCGCGUGGUCCAAUUUUUAAUUGUCGCGCUGUUCUCUUUUCCGGAAAAGAAGAGAUCGAAGUGCAGUGUGAUUCAGGAUCCAAUCAAGGAUCAAUUCAGAAUUUUAAUUGAGUAGAAAAAUAACAAUAUGCGGACGUCGUCGAUCGUUGUCGCGCUUCUACUCGUCAUACUGGAUAGCGCGAUCGGCAAGCUGCGUGUCGCCUAUCGAUGGAAGCAAAUCGACUAUGCAUGGGCCAGCAACGACAGCAAGAGACUCUUCCCAGACUACAAACAAGAAGAUAACCUACCUUUAGGUCUAGAAGUGGCUGGCGACCGGAUUUUUAUCACGGUGCCUAGAUGGAGACAGGGAGUUGCCGCUAGUCUCAAUUACAUUUGGCUCAACGAUACGAGCGAAUCGCCACCCCUGCACCCCUAUCCCUCUUGGGAAGCGCAUCAAUACAAUGCAGCUGGCGUGCCGGAGAUCGUCUCGACAUUUCGUGUACGCGCCGAUCGUUGCAAUCGGCUGUGGGUCUUGGACACUGGGCUGACCGACAUCCUGGGCGAUCCUGAGCAGCAGGUGCCACCAACUCUGAUCGUCUAUGACCUGACGAACGAUCAUAUGCUGCGCAAAUACGUGAUCCCAGCCGAUCAGAGAACCGGCGAUUCCCUGUUCGCCAAUAUCGCCGUCGAGGACUACUCGUGCGAGGAUUCUUACGGUUACCUGGGCGAUCUGGGUGGUCCGGGACUCGUCGUAUACUCUUGGAGUCUCCAACAGUCUUGGCUUAUCAAGCACCACUCUUUUAAUCCAGAUCCGAUGGGCGAAGAAUUCAAGGUGUCAGAUAUAUCGUUUAAAUGGAAAGAUGGUCUUUUCGGAAUGGCUCUGGCGCCGACCGGCGACGGCUACAGCACUCUGUAUUAUCAUCCGCUCUCUAGCGGCAUGGAAUUUUCGGUCAGCACAAGGCUGCUGCGCGAUUCUAAGCGUGCUAGUGCUGCAGAAACGUCUCUCGAAUUCCAAACGUUGGGCUCACGCGGACACAACGGUCAGAGCAGUGUCAGCUUCCUGGAUCCGAAAAGCGGAGUUCUCUUCUACGCGCUCACCAACAUGAAUGCCAUCGCCUGUUGGAGACCGCAACAGAAAUUUACCAUACAGCAACAAGAUUAUGUCUAUCAGGACAAUGUCACCAUGAUUUUCCCUAAUGAUCUCAAGAUUGAUCGGAAAGGCAAUCUGUGGGUUCUCUCAGACAGACUACCUAUCUUUAUGUACUCAAACUUGGAUCUGCAAGAUUAUAACUUUAGAAUACUCGUGGGCUCGGCUGAGGAACUCAUCAUGGAUACAGUUUGCGCGAUGAACUCAUCUCCAACUUACUCGACAACGAUGAUGCACGAUCAUAGAGAUCACAUGGGUCACAUGGAUCAUACCGGUCACAUGAGCACAACACCUCGAAUUACCGGAAGAUUCAAUUCGGCUUGUUCCAUUAAAAUCGAGUCCAUUUUCCUGAUAAUGUUACUGUCAUGUUUGAUUAAAGCUUUCAUGUAGAAAUUAAGAACAAAGAAUUUAAUAAAACAAAAUUACAAUUAAAAGUAGAGUACUUAAAGAAACUACGACAUUAUUACACAUUUAAAAAAAUGCGACCACAAGAAUAGAAACAAUAAGAGAAAAAAGAGAAAAUGUACAAUAUUUUUGUGUUGACAUAUUACAAUGUGUUCUUUAACAUAAUAAUUUACUUUUGUUAUUUUCAUCACACACAGAAUAUAAUAAAAGUCAAGUGAAGUAGGAAUUAAGUCGAAUUAUAAUAAUUUGUUAGUAGGGUAAAAACUUGUUGCUAUAAAAAUAAAAACCAAGUGUACCCCA